AUGGCUUCCACUACACUAGGCACUUCUUCAAUUGCGUUUCUUCCUUCACGCUACCUUUCUUCCCCUUCUUCCAACCCUUCCAUUCACACACUCUCUCUAACCUCAGGGCAAAGCUGUGGUAGAAAGUUUUGUGGAGGAAUUGGAAUUAAUGGCACAAAGGGAAAGUCUCGGUUUCCUGUUCUCAAUGUUGCUACUGAAGUUAACUCUGUAGAACAGGGUCUGAAUACUAUUGCUAAAGAAAGCCAGAGGCCAGUGUACCCUUUUGCUGCUAUAGUUGGACAGGAUGAGAUGAAGCUUUGUCUUCUCCUUAACGUCAUCGAUCCUAAGAUUGGAGGUGUAAUGAUUAUGGGGGAUAGAGGAACCGGGAAAUCCACAACGGUUAGGUCAUUGGUCGAUUUACUUCCCGAAAUCAAAGUUGUUUUUGGUGAUCCAUAUAACUCAGACCCAGAAGAUCCAGAAGUCAUGGGAAUCGAAGUGCGAGACCGAGUAAUAAAAGGAGAGCAACUUUCGAUUGUGUUGAGCAAAAUUAACAUGGUUGAUUUGCCAUUAGGAGCUACAGAAGAUAGGGUUUGUGGAACAAUCGAUAUCGAAAAAGCUCUUACUGAGGGUGUCAAGGCAUUUGAGCCUGGACUACUCGCUAAAGCUAAUAGAGGAAUCUUAUACGUCGAUGAAGUUAAUCUUUUGGAUGAUCAUUUAGUUGAUGUGUUGUUGGAUUCUGCUGCAUCAGGUUGGAACACAGUGGAGAGAGAGGGUAUUUCUAUCUCGCAUCCUGCUCGGUUUAUCCUAAUCGGUUCGGGAAAUCCUGAAGAAGGGGAGCUCAGGCCACAACUGCUUGAUAGGUUUGGAAUGCAUGCUCAAGUGGGGACUGUUAGAGAUGCUGAACUGAGAGUGAAGAUUGUAGAAGAGAGAGCUAGGUUCGACAAGAACCCGAAGGAAUUUCGAGAGACUUACAUAGCCGAGCAAGCGAAGCUCACGGAACAAAUCACCUCAGCAAGGAGUUUACUUUCUUCAGUUCAAAUCGAUCAAGAUCUGAAAGUGAAAAUCUCAAGGGUGUGCGCAGAGUUGAACGUGGAUGGAUUGAGAGGAGACAUUGUAUCAAAUAGAGCUGCUAAAGCUUUGGCUGCUUUGAAGGGGAGAGACAAAGUGAGUGUUGAGGAUAUUGCUACUGUCAUCCCUAACUGCUUGAGACACCGUCUUAGAAAGGAUCCUUUGGAGUCAAUAGACUCGGGUUUACUCGUCACCGAGAAAUUUUAUGAAAUUUUCAGUUGA